UUUCAGUCGCCUUCGGCCUUUACCUACAGUCGCCGCCGCCGCCGCCGCCGCGGAGCGGGCCUGGGAUGCCAAGAUGGCGGCGGCGGUGGUAUCGGUCUUUCCGGGUGUGCGGCUCCUGACUAUCGGCGAUGCCAACGGGGAAAUCCAACGGCACCAAGAGCAGCAAGCGCUGCGUCUCGAGGCUCGCACCGGGCCUGACGCCGCUUGCCUCGCUUUGUAUAGCCAAGAUGAUGUUUGUGUAUUCAAGUGUUCUGUAUCAAAGGAGACAGAAUGCAGCCGAGUGGGAAAACAGUCCUUCAUUAUCACAUUGGGAUGCAAUAGUGUCCUUAUACAAUUUGCAACGCCAAGUGACUUCUGCUCAUUUUAUAAUAUCUUGAAAAAUUGCCGAGGCCACAACAUGGAGCAGUCAGUGUUCAGUGAGCGCACAGAGGAAUCAUCUGCUGUGCAGUACUUCCAGUUUUAUGGAUAUUUAUCCCAACAGCAAAAUAUGAUGCAGGAUUAUGUCCGAACAGGCACAUAUCAGAGAGCAAUCCUGCAAAACCAUAGUGAUUUCAAAGAUAAGAUUGUAUUAGAUGUUGGCUGUGGUUCUGGCAUCCUGUCAUUUUUUGCAGCCCAAGCUGGAGCAAGAAAAAUUUAUGCAGUGGAAGCAAGCACAAUGGCUCAACAUGCAGAGGUUUUAGUGAAGAGUAAUAAUCUUACUGAUCGAAUUGUGGUUAUUCCUGGGAAGGUAGAAGAAAUCUCACUUCCAGAACAGGUGGACAUCAUUAUUUCUGAGCCAAUGGGGUACAUGCUUUUCAAUGAACGAAUGCUGGAGAGUUACCUGCAUGCCAAGAAGUAUUUAAAACCUAGUGGAAAUAUGUUUCCAACUAUUGGCGAUGUCCAUCUAGCCCCAUUUACAGAUGAACAGCUAUACAUGGAACAGUUCACAAAAGCUAACUUUUGGUAUCAGCCAUCUUUUCAUGGAGUAGAUUUAUCAGCACUCCGAGGUGCAGCAGUAGAUGAAUAUUUCAGACAGCCUGUUGUGGAUACCUUUGAUAUUAGGAUUCUAAUGGCCAAAUCUGUUAAAUACACCGUAAACUUCUUAGAUGCCAAAGAAGCAGAUUUGCACAGGAUAGAAAUUCCAUUCAAAUUCCACAUGCUACAUUCAGGAUUAAUCCAUGGGUUGGCUUUUUGGUUUGAUGUAGCCUUCAUUGGUUCAGUAAUGACUGUUUGGCUUUCAACUGCUCCCACAGAACCUCUUACCCACUGGUAUCAAGUUCGGUGUCUGUUUCAGUCUCCCCUUUUUGCUAAGGCUGGUGACACCCUCUCAGGGACAUGCCUCCUCAUUGCCAACAAGAGACAGAGUUAUGACAUAAGUAUUGUUGCUCAAGUGGAUCAAACAGGCUCUAAAUCCAGCAACCUUCUUGACCUGAAAAAUCCCUUUUUCAGGUAUACAGGUACAACUCCUUCACCACCGCCAGGUUCACACUAUACAUCUCCUUCAGAGAACAUGUGGAACACAGGUGGCGCCUACAACAUGAACACAGGGAUGGCUGUUGCUGGAAUGCCCACAGCCUAUGACCUCAGCAGUGUGAUUACCGGUGGCACUAAUGUUGGCCACAACAACCUUAUUCCUCUAGCAGCCAACACUGGGAUUGUCAAUCACACCCAUUCCCGGAUGGGAUCCAUCAUGAGCACAGGGAUUGUCCAAGGCUCGUCUAGUGGCCAGAGUGGAGGAACUUCAACUGCUCAUUACCCGGUCAACAGUCAAUUCACUAUGGGGGGACCAGCCAUUUCUAUGGCAUCCCCCAUGUCUAUCACCACCAACACAAUGCAUUAUGGGAGCUAAGAAACCCUCAUCCCUGAACUGACAGCAUCAGGAAACCAAAUGGAGAAAAAGUUCCACCUCCCUGCCCACUGUAUCUCACCAGUUGGCAGUCAUUUCUCUGGAUCUCUUCUGCCCUCCAGUAGGUUACCCAGAGAUGGUCUAAUCUUUGUACAAUAGAAGACAAAAACUCACUGGCUUAAUAGCGAACUUGCAUACUUUUUCAUGAAAUGUUGGAAAUUUCAAUUUGCUCAACCAUGACUGAGUUCCUGUGCUUACUGUGUCUUACAACCAAUCAUGUCAAUAAUAGUAUCGUUCCUCAGUCUGCCAUGACUGAUUGGCAUUAGGCACAGGCUAUAGAUCUGAACUGCCAUAGGGCCUCUAACAUGCUCUAGGCAGCCCACCAACAACAGAAACUUCAUCAUUUAUUGCUACACUCCCAGUAUUUUAAAUGAAGGGGCUGCAGCUGGCUGUAGAAUGGGCACAGGUAAGAAUCCAGCAGCAUAUCCAUGUCGAUUUCUUAGGCAUCCCAGUCUUUGGGCUAGUGUUUGUUGCAUAAUUAAGACUUAGGAGGAAUAUCUCCUGGGAAAGACAAAGACCCAUCAACUUCCUGGCUUUCAGAUAAGCUCCAGCAUCUUACUGCUGUAAGUCUUGGGCCAUGUGAAAAACAUCUGAGAUGAAAGAAGACUGUUUUAUAUGCCACAAGCAUCUUAUCAGCAGGUCUGAUGAUUGCCUGUCUCUUGGGAAUAUUGAUGUAGCAUCAAAGGGUUAAAAAAUUUAAAACACAAAUGUACCAAAAAUAUUGUUGCUGGCUGGAAAUGGUUUGUGUAUCAAUUUCCUGUUGCUCAUUUUAAACCUAAUCCCAUUUUCUAGUCUGUUCUUAAGGUGUGACAGCACCUAUGAUUAGUUCCUCCCUUCUGGGCAGAAGUGGAUGCCAAGUGGUUUAGUAAGUAACUUGUCUGCUUCCCGCAGUAACCACCAUUUAGAGUAACCACUCUAAAUAGAUUGGCAAUUGUUAUGGGGUCCCUUUGUAGUACUUUUAUGUGUAAUUUGUAACCCAUUCUUUUUUUCUUCUGAAGAGCCUCAAGCCAAUGUUUCUGAAAGGACUUGACAAGCAACUAUUUUAUGGAGGAGAAAAGUGGUUUACUUAAGGCAAUGUUCUUUGGGUCCCAAUAGUGGCUGAAUUGGGGGGAGGGGUGGGACCAUUCUGGAGAACCUUCAUAGUGGCUGGGUUGUGGGUCUAUAAAACCAAUUGUUGGGUCUGGCUGAUCAAUGAUUUUGUGACUAUUGAAUAAAACUGGGAGGGUUUUGAA